UUAGCGCGCCAUCAUGCUGGGGCCGGCACAUGUGCAAAAUGGCAACCAUGAUCACGUUACGGCAUUGUAAGAAAUUAGUUUCAAAACACUUCACAACCCAAAGGUUCACAGAAUGUCUGCUGUUGAACCAACGUUGCUUGUCGUUGUCUGCAAACAGAUAUGCUGCACCUGUAGGACAGAAAAAGGCUUUUGUUCGCGAUAAACCUCAUAUGAAUAUAGGAACCAUAGGCCAUGUAGACCAUGGGAAGACUACUCUUACAGCUGCCAUUACAAAAGUCCUUGCUUCAAAGAACAAAACUGAAUACAAAAAAUAUGAUGACAUUGACAAUGCACCAGAGGAAAAGACAAGGGGCAUCACCAUUAAUGCUGCAUGUAUUGAGUAUUCAACAGAUAACCGGCAUUAUGGACAUGUGGACUGCCCAGGGCAUAAAGAUUACAUCAAAAAUAUGAUAACAGGAUCAGCACAGAUGGAGGCAGCAAUCUUAGUCAUAGCUGCUACAGAUGGUGUAAUGCCUCAAACUAAGGAACACUUGAUUCUUGCUAAACAGAUUGGUAUAUCAAAUGUUGUAGUGUUUGUGAACAAAGCUGAUGCAGCUGAUGCAGAAAUGUUGGAAUUGGUUGAUAUGGAGAUGAAAGAACUGCUAGAUGAGUAUGGAUUUGACUCUUCAAAAACUCCAAUCAUUGUAGGUUCUGCACUUAAUGCACUAGAGGUAAGAAAAAUGGGACCAUCCUGUAUAUUUUGGAACUAUCAGAGAUUAUUAACAUAUGACAUGUCUGAUAUUUACAUUGAUUUGGCAUCUUUUGGAGGCAUUUCUUUGUUUUCCAUAGAAGAACAUAGUUGCGUGUUAAAAAUUAGUGAUUGUUAA